UUCAACCAGCCAUCAAACCAUCUUUUGGCAGCUUCUCAACGAGUUCCACUUUGAGUUUUGCGUUCCAGAAGUUCUUCAACAAUCAAAACCGCUUCAAAAUGUUCAAGCUGUUCGUAUUCUUCGCCUUCUGCCUGGCUUUGAGCUAUGCCGCUCCAGGUUACCUGCACUCCUCGCCCAUCCUGACCAGCUCGUACCACAGUCUGCCCUCGGUGCGCGUGAUCCAGCCCAUUUGGACCACCUCGCACAGCGUUGUGCAUCCCAUCAGCUAUGGGGGAUACGGCCAUGGCCGUGGAUAUGGCUGGAUCUAGGAGGAGCCAUCUCACAAAUAGGCGUCCUCAAGACUCGGCCGCCAGAGCACCUGUCGCCCGAAGCUCAACUCAAAUUCCCCCGGAGUUUAGCCACCUCUUUGACGGACAUGCCUCCAAUAAAGUUCUGAAAUUGGUCUGAAA